AUGGAUAGCGCCAAUACUUUUAUUCGACACGACACCGAUUGGAAGAAUCCUGAAUCGGUUCAGUCGAGACAUGGAUUCAGUCGACGUUUCUCUUAUAUUCAAUAUAUAUCCGGAGCUCUCGUCAACUCAAACGCAUUGAGUCGACCACUCGUUCCCCUAUUUAUAGUCAUUUCAGUGAAACAAUUAGCGGUUCCGCAAGUAUUAGAGCGUAUGGAGUGUCCGAUCAGUUCAUACAGGAGUCCAAUAGACGAGUCGAUGCAAACCAUAUGUGUUAUUAUCCAAGCUUUACAGCUUCCCAAUGGUAUUGCGGGUCUGGCUAUUAGUUAUGCACUUAAUAUAACUCGAAGUUUGAAAUUAUUAAUGAAAUCGGCGUCAGAUCUUGAAACUAAUAUCGUUUCGGUUGAGAGAUGUCUUGAAUACACAGAAACUCCGACAGAAGCCGAGGGGUACGACGAGAAGACUAAACCAUCUCAUGAUUGGCCCGAAAGGGGAGAAAUAAAGUUUAUUGAAUACAGCACUAGAUAUAGAGAAGGAUUGGAUUUAGUGCUCAAAGCGAUUACAUUAGAAGUUCGGCCCAAAGAGAAGGUGGGAAUAGUCGGCAGAACGGGUGCCGGAAAGUCAUCGCUAACUCUGGCGCUGUUCCGACUCAUAGAACCGGUCGACGGAUCCAUAUUUAUA